AUGGAAGUGCCGAAUAAAACUAGGGAAAUUAAAAAGGGGGAAUAUAGAAGGUAUUUACGGCAUGUAUAUGUACGCCAUAAUAAGUCAAUGUAUUUACGACGUGCAUAUGCACGCCGUAGCUCAAGCUUUGAACCAACUAUAGCCUACCAACCAAUUCCAUGUGUGAGGGCUAUCAUAAGAUCAAUUUGCAGAAAGACCAGUGACUUAUGGACAACAAGUUCUCCUGCGAAGGAAGAUGGCUGUGCAUGGAGAAAAUAUGGACAGAAAAUCAUUCUCGAUGCAAAAUAUCCUAGAAGCUACUUUAGGUGCACCCACAAGAAUCAAGGUUGCAAGGCUACAAAGCAAGUUCAAAAAACCAAAGAACAACCCAUUUUGUAUCGAACAACAUACUUUGGCCACCACACGUGCAGAGAUAAACUGAGGGCCCCACAAAUAAUUAUAGAUACAGAUCUUCCUGAUUCUAAUAUACAUUGUUUUGAAGAAAAAAUUUCCCAAGUGGGUGGAGGACCUAACAUUCCCUUUGAAAUUAAAGAAGACAUAGCACGGAGUGAUAUGUCUGAUACAAAAUCAUCACCAGAUUCAAGCUUAUGGUAUGACAUGAAAUCUUUGGACCCCUUAAUGGUUUGGUCUCCAAAAAUGAAAUGCUUUGACAUGGAGGGUUUUGAUGAAUUUUGUGAUUUAGAUUUCACUUUGGAUUAGAUUCACGUCCGUUUGGCUUGUGUAGUGAGGUAGACAGUCGCACUGGACUGCUCAAUAAAAUUGAAUAAAAUUAGGUAUUCAUGUCCAUAAAUAAAUAGUA